CUCUGCUGCCCCGUUCAGUUCUGGCCCGGCCGCCCGGCCUCGCAACACCAAUCGACCACCUCGACGCCCACCCCAACGUCGACGUCGACGUCGACGUUGACUUGUGCGUCAUCGUCGACGUUCGUCGGACUCGAGGCGCCCGUCUCCGCCUCCUUCCUUGAAGUGACCGCGGCUGCUCUGCUACAGCACCACCUCACCGGCCGCCUACAGCCCGUCUCGCAGACCGACCAGUCGGUCGUCAACGCAACCACCACCGCCACCGUCCCCACUGCCAGCCCCAGCCCCAGCACCAGCACCAGCAUCAGCACCAGCACCACCCUCACCAGCACCACCAACAACAGCAACAGCAACAGCAACAGCAACAGCACGACAAGCACCAGCGCCGUGCCUCCCACACGUCCUGCGGAUCAGAGUCUCGAGGAGGCCUGGAGUCGAGCCGUCGACUUUGCCAAGCAACUGCUGCCCGGCCUCUUCUCAAGGCCGCCGACCGACGAGCAGAUCGCCGCGUGGCCGAGGCCGUCGGCUGCCUCGAGUUUGACGCCGUUGCCGAGGCGACACACUUCGCCCCUCGUCAACGGCUUCAUCUCGCAGCCAAUCGAGCCGGCGGAAGUCGAAGCUCCCAGCCGAUUGGUCGACUCGGCGCUGCCAAUCACCGGCCCCGGUUCCGGUCCCGGACUCGGACUCGGCCUCGGAUUCGGCCUGCCGCCUCCCGUUUUCACCACCGACUCGUGGCUUGCCGGCCACGAUUUUGUCUGCCCGCCUUCGGCCAUUCGUCCGGCCGACGGGGUCGACUGGAGCCUCGGCGUCGCGGGCGCCAGGCAGACGAAUCCAGGCGUCUUCGAGGCCUGGCAACCGCCGCUGACCAAUCACCGGAGCCCAGCGAGGCCGGCCAAUCACGAGGCCAGCCUGGCCGCGCUGCCACCGUCUCCCGACGCGGUGCAAGGCCUUGCGGAGGCGCACGAGCGAGUCGGCAACAAGUCGAUGGUCAUGAUGAUGAUGAUGAUGAUGCCCUCUCUCUUCGGCCUGCCGUGUCAGGUCAGGCCGCCCAGCGACGAGUUGCAGAAGAUGCCGACACACCUUUCGGCCAGCGGACCGGCGGGAGGACCAACGGGUAAGCGGUACAACUCCCACUUGGCAACCGUCGUCAAGCCGGCUCGGCCGGAGGGGGUUUCCGAGGCUAGGGUGUCAGUCGUCGCGUCUGCUUGUGGCGCAGGCAUGACGACUGUCGGUCACGUUCGGCACACACUUGACUCACAUGCUCGUGGGAAGGGCACUUUGGCGCCUCGGCGACUCGGCCCACCUCGACACCGGCGGGCAGCAACAGUACCACAAAACAGUAUUAAUCUCGUCUGCUUCUGGCGGGAGGCUCAAUCCCAGCCUGGCCAUUGA